AUGACGGCCAUCAACGCACCACGAGACAAGUACAACGCUGUGUGGCUCAUCUUCUUCAUCCUCGGCCUGGGAACACUUCUGCCAUGGAACUUCUUCAUGACAGCAUCAGCGUACUUCACCAGUCGACUGAAGGACCCAGUGACCACAACCUUAAAUCUGACAGGAAACGAGACCGUGGGUGGCGGCGACACAAGAAGCGUCCUGGAGUCAAAGUUUAACAAUGUGAUGACGCUUUGUGCCAUGGUCCCUCUGCUCAUCUUCACCUGCCUCAACUCCUUCAUCCACCAAAGAGUGUCCCAGAAGUUGAGGAUUCUGGGGAGUCUGUGUGUGAUUUUUGUGGUUUUCCUGAUCACUGCCAUAAUGGUGAAGGUCAACAUUGAGCCCAUGUCGUUCUUCAGCGUCACUAUGAUCAAAAUAAUCUGCAUCAACUCGUUUGGGGCAGUUCUUCAGGGUAGCUUGUUUGGUUUGGCUGGGAUCCUACCUGCAACCUACACUACACCCAUCAUGAGUGGACAGGGCCUGGCCGGUACCUUUGCUGCCUUCUCGAUGAUCUGUGCAUUGGCCUCUGGAUCUGCUCUGCAGGACAGUGCUUUUGGAUACUUCAUUACAGCCUGUGCUGUCAUUCUGGUGGCCAUAAUGUCCUACUUUGUUCUCCCAAAAAUGGAGUUUUUCCAGUACUAUAUUGAGAGCAAUGGCUCCAAUCCAACUGCUGAAGAGGAGAACAAAAUGGACCUGCUUAAAAAAGAGGGUUCCACAGAGAAGAAACCAGUGAUGAAUCUCACUGAGGAUGAAGGCAGGCCAACGGUGUCUGUCUUAAACAUCUUCAAACAGGUAGACUUCGAGAUCUGGGUGAUGGCCUUGUCUGUGUGCUUCAUUUUCACUGUGACCAUCGGCACGUUCCCCGCGGUGACCGCCGAUGUGAAGUCCACUGUAGCAAACGGAGGAGCCUGGGAAACCUACUUCCUCCCUGUGUCCUGCUUCCUGCUGUUUAACCUGAUGGACUGGGCGGGCAGGAGUCUGACAGCUGUCUGCAUGUGGCCGGGGAAAGACAGCAAGUUGCUCCCCAUCUUCGUGAUCUUGAGGAUUGUCUUCAUCCCGCUGUUCAUUCUAUGUAACGUCAAACCACGCCACCACUUCCCUGUGCUCUUCCUCCAUGACGCAUGGUACAUUACCUUCAUGAUCUUCUUUGCCUUCUCUAAUGGAUACCUGGCCAGCCUCUGCAUGUGCUUCGGACCCAAGAAAGUGGCCCCACAUGAAGCAGAGACAGCGGGCGCGAUCAUGGCUUUCUUCUUGUCUCUUGGCCUGGCACUGGGCGCAUCGGUCUCCUUUGCCUUCAGAGCCAUUUGCUAA